GGCCACCGGUGAGAAUGAUGUGCAGUUCAAAGUAUUGUAUUGUGGGAUUUGCCAUUCGGACAUUCACAUGCUCAAGAAUGAGUGGGGUUUCAGUCAGUAUCCCAUGGUGCCCGGGCACGAAAUUGUUGGGGAGGUGACCGAAAUUGGCAGCAAGGUGAAAAAGGUGAAAGUCGGAGACAAAGUGGGUGUCGGCUGCCUAGUAAGAUCCUGCAGGGAAUGUGACCAAUGCACGGCCGACCUUGAAAAUUACUGCCCGAAACUAGUCCUCACUUACGGCUCAUUUGAUAUCGAUGGAUCCUUCACCCACGGAGGCUACUCCAACAUCAUGGUUGCCGACGAGCAUUUUAUCCUCCGCUGGCCUGAAAACCUGCCUCUCGACAAGGGGGCCCCACUUCUUUGCGCGGGCAUCACAACCUACAGCCCGCUUAAGUACUUCGGGCUCGACAAGCCCGGGAUGAGUAUCGGGGUUGCCGGGCUCGGUGGGCUCGGUCACGUGGCUGUGAAGUUUGCCAAGGCCUUUGGGGCUACGGUCACGGUUAUAAGCACAUCCGAGAGUAAGAAGAAGGAGGCCCUCGAGAAUCUUGGUGCAGAUAAGUUUCUGGUCAGCCGUGACCCGGAGCAGAUGUCGGCUGUGGCCGGGACAUUGGAUGGUAUAAUUGAUACGAUAUCCGCAAAUCACUCGCUUGUGCCGUUUCUAAAUCUGGUGAAGCCUCACGGGAAGGUCGUCUUGGUUGGUGCUCCCGAAAAACCGCUGGAGCUCCCAGCUUUUCCUAUCAUUGCAGGGAGGAAAUCCGUGAUGGGGAGUGCGAAUGGAGGACUGAAGGAGACGCAAGAGAUGCUCGAUUUUGCUGCGAAGCACGGCAUAGCAGCGGAUGUUGAGCUCAUCUCAGCCGAUUACGUGAACAAGGCAAUCGAGCGUCUCCUGAAGGCCGAUGUUAAGUAUCGAUUUGUGAUCGAGGUUGGGAAAACCAUGAAACCCGAGUGA